GUUGAAAGCUACAAUAAUAACAGUACUGAUGGGCAGAUGCGUGCACCAGGCCAGGCACAGGAAGAUGGACCGAUAUAUGGUGAUGCACAGAAGCAUGCUGGAGGGCAGAUACAAAGUGAAAGGCAUGGUAGCGAACAAAAUCUUGAUAAUGGGCAUGUGUAUGAUGAUGAUGGGCAGAUAAAUGGUCAUGAUGAUAUGAUGCAACAGGAAGUUGACAGACGUGGUGGUGAUGGUGAGGAGCGUGGUGGAAGGCAGAUACAUAGAGAAGGGCAUAUGCAUGAUGGUGAUGGGCAGAUAAAUGGGGAUGAUGAUAUACAGCAUGAUGUUGGCAAACAUGGUGGUGAUAAUGAGAAGCAUUCUGGAGGGCAUAUGCAUGAUGGUCAUGGGCAGAUAAAUGGUGAUGACAAGGUUGAUGGUGAUGGAGGCGUACCUGGUCGUGGGAAGAUGCAAGGAAUUGGGCUGAAGAAUGCUGUGAUGCAGAAAAUUCCUGGUGGAGGCAUGUUUGGAGAUGGACAAGCAGCUGAUGACGAUCGCCAGACACGUGGCAAUGAGCAGGUAGGAAGCGGCGAUAGGCAACUACAUAAUGAUGAACAGUCACAAAGAGGUGGGCCGGGACACGCUAAUAAGCAAAGUCAUACUAAAGCCCAGAUACAAGCAGGUGGGCUUAAAAGUGCUAUGAGACAAAUAAUUCCUGACGCCCCUGUGUAUGACGGGCAGGCACAAGGUGGUGGAGACGAGCAAGGAAGCAGGUCUAACCAGCAACCCAAGGCAUCGGGUGCAGUGUCUGCUUUCAAUGAUAGCAUCAAGAAGAAGGCAGCCAAGUCUGCUAGUGAUUCUCCAAGCAAAAAGGUUUGGGAGAGAGUGUCCCAGCAGGCAGUGGGAGAUACUCGGGUUGAACAAAUGAAAAAGAUGCACACAGAGAAGACAGUCAUGUCAGAUGAAGAUGCCAGCUACUAUGACAGUGUAAAUGCAGAUGAUAAUAUAGCAGUGGGUAAGACAAACCCGGAGGUGGUCAUCAAUGGAGAGGAUGAAGAUGAUUAUAA